AUGCACGGCCCGCAACAUGUACGUGGCUCGUCGAAAGGAUCCAUUCCCAGUGCCGAUAAUCCAGAUUUUGACCAUGAUCGCAAAAAGAAGGACAUUCACAAUGGGAUUGAACGCCUUCGUCGCAAUAAUAUCAAAGACCGCAUCAACGAAUUAGGGCUUUUGCUGCCUAAAGAAGCCUCCAAAGAGAUGAAGCUGAACAAAGGGACGAUUCUCAAAGCAUCUUGUGACUACAUUCGACAAUUGGAAAAGGGUCAAUAUCAACAACAGAACAAAUUGGAAAGCGCUGCGAAACAGUACGCCGAUCGAGUCAGGGAACUCGAGGAGAUCUUGGCAAAGAAUGGCCUCAGGGCGCCCACCAAAGUUCUUCCCCCACUCCCAGCCAUCCCCUCCGCUUCUCAACCAUUCAGACAGGAGAUCCAAGAGAGUCCAAAUCAAACCCCAUGCGGAUCACUUGAAAGCGAUUGCUCAACUCUUCUCUUGACUCCCCUCGAGAACACACGCAAUCAAUCGGCUCCCGAUUGGUCCUCAUCGGGUUUUAUGUCACAACUCUCUGACACGACGUCUGCGAUGGCGAUUGCCUCCCCGCUAGGACGGAUUUACCAUGGGUCCGACCAAUUCUUUGGCUCAAGUCCACAAGGUUAUCAGACGCCACAAUGGAGAGACCGCCCAGACAGCCAAGGGAUCCACCACGGGCCAUUCCCCGAUUUGAUCACGGAGUGGUGUCUUGAGAACAAUUCACUCCUCCACUCGGACCCGUUGAUGUCACAAGCCGGCGGCCCAACGCCAAACCUUGCCGCCAGCCAGAUUAGGCAUCAUAUCUCGUCGGAUCCAUCGAGUUUUAGUCCCGACCCGAACAUUGCGCCGAUACGCGGCACUCACAAUAUGGACUAUUCCACUUGCCAUUUAAAUAUCCAA